AUGUCGACUCCCGAAGAGUCACCAGCCCAGCGCGCCGCUCGUUUGCGACGAGAGCGUCGCGAGGCCAAAAUCAAAGAAGGAGGCUCUGCUCGCUUGGACAAGAUUACAAGUCUCAGUGGCCGCACGCCACAGUCAGUGCGAGAAGAAGCCUCACCGUCCCCUCAGCCCGCAGCUUCUCCCUCCCCAUCUCCAGUUCCGCAGAUGCGUCCGCCUCCUAGCUACCAGUCGGAGGCGCCACCCCCGGACUCUCUUCAGGCCCAACAAGAGGCAUUCCGUGCCAUGUUGCGACAGGUUGUCCCAGAGCAGGGUCAAGAUUCCAACGAUGUCCAAGACCCAACAUUGAAGCUUCUUGAGAACUUGAUCGGUGGCAUGCCCGGAGAUGCGAACGCAGCUCCAUCAGGAGCCCCGGGAGCGAUGCCCGGACAAUCACAGCCCGGUCUCUCUCCUGCUGCCAUUGCUUCUGCUCUCGGCGUACCGCCUUUCCUCGCCAACAUGCUGGGUGGAGCAUCUCCGCCACCUACCGAAUCGGCGCAGAAUGUGCAACGGGCGUGGAAGGUACUGCAUACCCUCUUUGCGCUCGGUCUGGCCGUCUACCUUCUGUUCAUGAUCGCGGCUUCGGUUGCGACAUUCGGCAGCCCACCUCCUAAGCCUGCGACGGCGCAAAACCCCUUCUUGAUAUUUGUCACUGGCGAAAUGGUUCUCUCGGGAGGAAGAGUACUACACGGUAGUACACAAGCAGGGCUUGGAAUGGUCAUUCAACUUUUCAAGGAUAUUUCCCGCGAUGGAAGUCUCAUUCUUUUCUUCCUCGGGUUGGCAGCGUGGUACAAUCGCGAGUGGCAGGCAGUUGUCUCUUAG